UGAUCAGCUGUGUCCAAUCCAAUCACAGCUGAUCACAGAUCAUCAGAGCACUGAUGAUCAGUGUGCCCUGAUGAUCUGCGUAGCCCCAGCAGCGCCACCUGUCAGUGUCCAUCAGUGCCAGCUCUCAGUGCUCAUCCAUGCCACCUGCCAUUGCCCAUCAGUGCCACAUCAGUGUCACAUUUCAAUGCCCAUCAGUGCCACAUCAGUGCCACAUAUCAGUGCCCAUCUGAGCUGCCAGUCAGUGCCACCUAUCAGUGCCAGUCAGUGCCACAUAUCAGUGUGCAUCAGUGCCACCUAUCAGUGCCCGCCAGUGCUGCCUAUCAGUGCCACCUAACAGUGCCAGUCAGUGCCACCUAUCAGUGCCAUAUAUGAGUGCUGCCUUUCAGUGUCCAUCAGUGAUGCCUGUCAAUGCCCAUCAGUGCCACCUACCAGUGCCUCCUCAUCAGUG